CCUCUCUAACAUGUACCAGCGCCCCGAUAUGCUCACCAACCCCGGCGUCGACCCCCAGGGCCAAGCCCUCGACCCCCGCAAGAUCCAGGACAACUUCGAGGAUUUUUAUGAGGAUCUGUUCGAGGAGCUGAGCAAGUACGGACAGAUCGAAAGCUUGGAUAUCUGUGACAAUUUGGCUGACCACAUGGUUGGUAAUGUGUACGUUCGGUUCAGAGAGGAAGAACAUGCUCAAGCUGCGCUUCAGAAUUUCACUGGCAGGUUCUAUGCAGGGCGUCCCAUCAUCGUCGACUUUUCACCCGUGACGGAUUUUCGUGAAGCUACCUGUAGGCAGUACGAAGAAAAUGUAUGCAAUCGAGGUGGCUACUGCAACUUCAUGCACUUGAAGAAAAUUAGCAGGGAGUUGAGGAGGCGGUUAUUUGGGAGAAACAAGCGAAGGCAUAGCCGCAGUCCUCAAAAGCAUCAUCGUGGUGGUUAUCAGGAGCGCCUACAUGGAAGUCGUGGUUCGAAAUGGGUCGGAUUCGAAUUUCGGUCCUGGAGGUUUCUAUCUCUCGAUCUUCACGGCUUCUGCUCCCUCCUCCCUCUCCCUUCGUCUCUGUAG